AUGACGAAAUCAGAAGACCAAAAGAACAAGAUCGCCACUGUCAUAUCAAGCAACAUCGGAGAAGGCGAGAAGAUUGAUGAAAUCGCCAAAAUCCGAGGCUGGUUCCGCCCGCAAGAAAACAGCAUUUACUACCCGACGAUCCAAAAAUAUGUCGAAGAUGAAAUCGACAUGGAGACGGUGACAUCCACCCUCUUCUCCCCAAUAGACGAGAAGAUUGCCGCGCAGAAACUCGACGACGUCAACUUCCUCGACCUAUGGUACUCAGUCCUGCACGCUGCACGGCGCAAGACCUUCCACCCGGUGCAAGCCAACGGCAAAACGCACGAGCACUUCCACGCCAAAGUCGUCGACAUUGUCGGCGCGUUCCGCGCGCACACGCUGCCGGCGCCGCACGAUGCGUACAACUACCUGUACGAGUCGCUGACCGACUUCUCGCUCGCGUGCCGCGAAGCGUACAACGACGCGCCCGAGGCUGCGCACGCCAGCCAGGUGGAAAUCGACGCCUGGGCCAACCUCAACUUCUUCUACGCUCGCGUUACCGAGGCGGGCCUGCUGGAUCUCAGCAUCCACGCUAUAUGGAGCAUGCGCGCUGCGCUGGAGAACGAGGCGCACGACGACGACGAGGGCACGGCGGCGCAGAAGUACAAUGUCCUGGUUCCUGCGGCUGCGGCUUGGGUCUUUGGCUUGCGUCGUGCGCUGUGGCAUAAGGAGGUGGAUCUUACGCCGUCGGAUCGCAAGCAGGGGAAUCCUGCGCGAGGUGGGGAGCUGUGGAAGGGUACGGCUGGGUUCAGCAAGGAGCGGUGGGCACUGUGGAAGGAGAGGCUGGCUGUUAUUAGCAAGAUGGAUGACGUGUCGGACGAGACGAGAUACAUCUCGAGAGAUGCCCUUGAGGCUAUGGAGAGGGCAGAGAGCACUUCGAAAGGCAUGCAUUCGGCGAAGGCGGGAGUGUAG